UAAUGUUAAUUUUUUAAAUUGCGAUUUUUCCCAUCUUGAUCUUCUACAAUUUCAAUCUUUUUUUUUGCUACAUGAUUUGGCAAUGUUUGAUUGGGUUUAAUUCAAAGAUGGCCUCCCUCAGCAGUGGCGGUAUUAUCAAACCAAUCGACCAUACGACUGUGCAUCGAAUUUGUUCUGGGCAAGUUGUAUUAACUUUAGCUGUUGCUGUUAAAGAACUAGUAGAGAAUAGCCUUGACAGUGGAGCAUCUACGGUUGAAGUCCGCCUGAAAGAAUAUGGCAGUGAUUCGAUCGAAGUCAGUGAUGAUGGGUCCGGCAUUUCUCCUUCCAAUUUUGAAAACCUAUGUCUCAAGCAUUACACUUCAAAGAUUGAAGAAUUUGAGGAUUUGCUUAGUGUCCAAACAUUUGGUUUUCGGGGAGAAGCUCUAAGCUCACUUUGUGCUUUGAGCACUCUAGGUGUAACAACAUGUGAGAAGGGUAACACAAUUGGGUGGAAGCUUGAGUAUGAUUCUCACGGAAAACUAGUCAAGCAGGUUCAGUAUUCUAGACAGCCUGGAACAACUGUGAGCCUGGUCAAUCUUUUCUCAACCUUACCUGUCCGACACAAGGAAUUCCUGAAAAAUCUAAGAAGAGAGUUUGUCAAAAUGACAAACUUGCUAACAGCUUACUGUUUGAUAUCUAAAAACACAAGAAUAACUUGCACAAAUUCUACUGGUGGGAGAACCAGUACAAUCCUAUCUACUAGAGGUGGAGCAAACCUUAAAGAUAAUUUUAUAUUAGUCUUUGGACUUAAAAGUUGGCAAAACAUGCUAGAAAUAAAGGCAGUUCGGCCUUCGGAAGAGAUUGUGGCGGAGUUCAACCUCAAUGCAAAUGUUUUACAAAAUGAGCUGCAUGACUGGCCUUUCCAGUUUGAGGGUUUCGUGUCGAGCUGUGCUCACGGUCAGGGUAGGAGUUGCGCUGAUCGACAAUAUUAUUUCAUGAAUGGCCGGCCAUGCGAUCCCAGCAAGAUCCAAAAACUGGUGAACGAAGUCUAUCACUUAUACAACCGCAAUCAGUAUCCAUCGGUUGUGCUUAACAUUACUACUCAGUCUAGUGAGCUAGACAUAAAUGUAACACCAGACAAAAGGCAGUUGAUGGUUGUUAAUGAGAAGAUACUCUUGGCAAUGGUUAAAGCGUCGUUGAAUGAUCUCUACAGUGAAGUCCCAUGUACUUUUACUUUGCAAAAUACUUCUUUGUUUAACAGAUCUCUUUCGCCCUCCUUGGAGUCUGCGGGCUCUUCUUCGCAUCGUUUAAGAUCAUCCCUGGCUGCGUUUGCUGCUAGCGGUUGGAAACCCUCCUCCCCGUCUUGUUCUCCUGGUGAAAAACGAAAAUGUUCUUCUCCGACACUAAAGCAAAAACGAUUGGAUGAGUUCACCUCCCAUUCGAUUUCUCCUUUGUUAAAGAAGACAAAGGUUGAUUUUCCUAUUCCCGAGGACAAAACGGAAUCAUGCCCUGCAGUAGAGGGAACCCUUAUAUUCACAAAUGUUAAACAACUUACCAAGGGUAACACUAAAGAGAUAAUGGAACCAAAUGAAGUGAAUGACGAGUCCAUACUGGAGUUAGAGAAAAACGAAGACAUACAAAUCAUUGAGACAACAUCGGCUGAGGUUAAAGUAAUCGAGACAUUGGAAGAGCUUGAAUGUGUUCUAGAAGAUGUGCUUACUCCUUCAGCUGAUCCAAAAGUGUUUUCCAGAGCUAAGAUAACUGUUCCUUUUGACCUAAAUUCCUUAAUUGAAAAAAAGCGUUCAUUGCUUGAUUUGCCGAAUAAGACAACUGACAAAAGGUUCUUGGCACGCUUCGGUCCUGACGAUGCAGCAUUUGCUGAAGCUGAACUUAGCAGACAAAUAAGCCAAUCUGACUUCGAAAAGAUGGAAGUAAUUGGGCAAUUUAAUUUGGGCUUUAUAAUUGCCAAAUUGAAUUCAGAUCUUUUCAUCAUUGAUCAGCAUGCUGCAGAUGAAAAAUACAACUUCGAGAUCCUCCAGCGGGCCACACGUCUUCAACCACAGAAACUUGUUUGUCCUAAACCACUGACUUUAACGGCGGCUAACGAGUCGCUAUUACAAGACAAUCUCGACAUAUUUCAAAGCAACGGUUUCGAGUUCGUUAUCAACCGAGGUGAGGAUUCCACGAAACGAGUUUUGCUAUGUGCUGUGCCCAUGAGUGGUAAUUGGUUGCUAGGCCCCAGUGAUAUCGACGAACUCCUUUUCAUGCUGCAGGAUUCUCCAUUGAUUCAGGAUGAGGAUCGGAGCAAAGUGAGUCAUGCUUCAAUGGCUCGAUUCCGGCCCUCACGUGUAAGAGCUAUGUUUGCAUCUCGGGCUUGUCGGAAGGCAGUUAUGGUAGGAGAUUCACUCACAUCGAUCCAAAUGACUAAGCUACUUCAUCAGUUAAGCGAAUUGCAACACCCAUGGAAUUGCCCGCACGGUCGACCAACAAUGAGACAUUUAAUUAACAUAGAUGCGGUUUUGUAAUUCAUGUGGGGAAAUCAAGAUAUUUUCAUUACUCACCACCAUCCACUACUCACUACUCACACGCUAAUAGUUUUGAAUAUAUUAAAACCAGUAAUGGCUGUGCUAAUUAGCAUGCCUGGAAUUUGUGGAUGCCAA